GAAUGACUGGGCGGAUGCUCACGCAUUAGCCGAUGUGUACCGGGUGGCGAUCGAUUCCUCAGCGAGUUGAGCAUCGAUCAGGCUAAGUCUGCGUCGUAAUCCCGACGGAGCUUAUGCAGCGAGGCGAGACAACGGGGGCAGCAGCAGCAUCAGCAGCGCCAGAGGUUACCACAGGCACCAGCCAGGAGAAGAGGAAGACGAACACCUCGGAUGGCGUCCAACCGUCGUGUACGGCCCCAGGAAAGCGUAGGAUCCUCCACAGUGUUUCCCUGCACCGGUGUUUACCUCAGCGGCCACACCGGACGUCCUCUGCUCAGCUGCGAGCAAAUCGUGGUGUCAGUGACGUGUUUCGCCGCCUGCUGUUACGUUCUCCCUGUGCGCACAGUGGUCCCGGUAGCCCGGCAUGCCCUAGGUGGGUCAGCACUUGCACGUGUACCACCACCAGCAGCAACAGCAGCAGCAGCAAUCCUGGCACCAAUCCACAAACCGGUGGGCGCGCAUCUCUGCUCACGUUCCGUGAUCGUCGACGCCGACAAUCUCAUCAGUCUCCUCUUCGUCGUUGUCGUCGUCGUCAUCUUCACCACCAUCGUCCGGAUCGCCGUCGACAGCAGCCGAUCAUUAGCAAUCCUGACAGUCUCCGCUGUACAUCACCCGUUCGCUACAUCAGACGGGAUACCGUACGCGGCCGCACUCUGCUAAUCCGACUCGCGUCACCAGUGCACGGCGACGUCGGGCGUGGUGCGGAAGCUGUCUUGUCCGCCCACACACAUGCCAAGGCUCGUGCCUCGGCACCCUUCCGUCGUCAGCGUUCAGUAGACAGUGUGUCCCAGCAGGCACCAGCAGAAGGCGCUAAGCCAGCGGGAGCUAGUUCUUAUGCUUGUCCGCUGCCGCUGGUCGAUCCCUGCUCUGAUUAUGUCGUGAGCGUUGCAACUGUACUCCCUGAGUCAUCCCGUCAGUCUACUCGCUUGACCGAAUCGGGGCAAGCGAGCAAAGAGUCGAUGGAGCAACGAUCACUGUUCGAUCGCUUCACGACGGCGCCUGGAGAUGCCAGCGCUAACCCCACUCCUGUCGCAUCGGGGAAGACCGGAGCAGAGCGAUCAGCUGGUGUCCGCAGCGCAGCCAGGAAUUGCGCCGGCUCAUCUGCCGCCGAUCACGCAACAGCGGCGUCGGCUGGUGAAGCAGCUAGGCAGCUUGUCGACGUUGAUCAAGCAAAGGUCUUCAAGCUACGAGAGCGCCUACGCCUCGGCGUGAAAACCACUGGCAUACCAUUGCAUACGCCUGCAGGGACAGCCGUCAAUUCCUACCCUCCUCCAUCCGCCCAGCGGCCUGGUAGCAGCACGACAACAGCCAACAGCCACUCCGCCGGUGGAUUCAGUACGUCUUGCUCAAGCGUUGGCGAUGGCAGUACCACUGCAGCAGCAGCAGCUGUUGGAGGUAAUGAGAGUUCCAGGUCCACCGGGACAGCGUGUCCGCGGCACACCGGUAGUACUGCUCUUUCUAGAUCGUCCAACACUGCCCUAAGUACGAAGUCCAACACUGCUAGCCCGAGUACCGCUCUCUCUAAGUCCACCACUGGCCCAAGUACUGCUCUAAGUACGAAGUCCAACACUGCUAGCCCGAGUACCGCUCUCUCUAAGUCCACCACUGGCCCAAGUACUGCUCUAAGUACGAAGUCCAACACUGCUAGCCCGAGUACUACUCUCUCUAAGUCCACCACUGGCCCAAGUACGGCUCUCUCUAAGUCCACCACUGGCCUAAGUACGGCUCUCUCUAAGUCCACCACUGGCCCAAGUACUACUCUCUCUAAGUCCACCACUGGCCCGAUUACUUCUCUCUCAAAGUCCCGCACUGCUAGCCCAAGUACUGCUCUCUCUAAGUCCAGCAAUGCUAACCCGAUUACUUCUCUGUCUCGGUCCAACACUGCUAGCCCACACCCAGCAUCACCGGUGGAACGCAGCUCUAGACCGGCGCUGACGCCAGCGCUCGGCGGCAAUCGCAAGCCGGUUGCCUCUUGCCUGACGCGGAAUAACAGGGGUACAGCGCAAGCACCACACCAGCCCGUGCUUCGGCCCGUGCUAGCCGCUUCAGCACGGCCGAAAGCUGCUCAGGAGAAGGACAACAACAGUGGCGUGGAUUCUUCCUCUGCCUGGUCGACGACGAGUAAGAGCACCAACUCAACAGCAGCAGUGGCAGCAGCAGCAGCUCGGUCCACUUUGAAUGCCGCCCUCAAGCCUUUGCCCGGGUUUGAUCAGGCAAGCACUGCGGACAACGGUUGUGAAUGGUCAACGUCCGGCACUGGUUCUCGGUCCGGCACGACCUCUCCUGCACUGAACGGCAUGGUUGUCUCCAGGCCAGCACCGGAGCAGGCAGGGCCUCCCCUUGCAGGCAAAGCGAAAGCGCCGGUGAAUGCCAUGCAGGCGCAGGCGAAUCCUGUUCGCGCGGCGGCACCUCCCCUUGCAGGCAAAGCGAAAACGCCGGUGAAUGCCUCGCAGGCGCAGGCGAAUCCUGUUCGCGCGGCGGCACCUCCCCUUGCAGGCAAAGCGAAAGCGCCGGUGAAUGCCACGCAGGCGCAGGCGAAUCAUGUUCGCGCGGCGGCAGCAGCAGCAGGCACGGUGUCGUCUUCACCCCACAGCGGCGGUGGCGCACCCUUGUCUCGUAGCAACACACCCGUGUCGGCGACGAGCUCGCGCAAUCGACUACCACCGUAUUCGCCCAGCGGUAAGCCGACCGGCAAGAGUUCCACAGGACUGCGCUGUCCCGUACAGACCGCUGUGAGCAGCAGCAACAACAGCAACAGUCACACCACCAGCAGCAAACAGGAGUCGGCCGGUGAAGCAACCCACAGAUCCACUGCGCCAGUCACCAAAGCAGGUCUCUGCAGUGAUGCUUCAGCCCUUGCACGCGAUGGCAGCAGCAGUGGCAGUAAUGACAAAAGCGGCAAUAGCAACAGCGGCGGUCUCAGCAAUAUUCUCGUGAGAGAUUAUAACCACGGCAGCCUGUCCAAGCCAAGCCAGUCUGCAAGCCAGCAAGGCGUGAAACUGCGCAAUGCUUCGCCUCUAUCCAGGGACGCUACCACUGCUGGAAGGGUGCGUGGAACCGUUGAGGCAGGUAAUAGAGUCGUCGCCGAGUCCAAGGGAGCGAGCACCGCCAGCCUGAGCACGGCCGACUUUCGUCGCAAUAACAACCUGCAGGCCAGCAGUGAUGACGCGCCGCUAAAACUGGUUGUCACCGACCAUGCACACGGGAGAGCAGGCCAGGGAGGACUACGUGCUACGAACGGGGACAGAACGAUCAAUAGCAGCGGCAGCAGCGUAAGAAGCGAUGCCAGUAGCAAAGAUUCGUAUCGCGACGAGUGGUCGUCUUCACCUAUACCACCUGCAGCUGCACCAAGUCUGGAUGGUCGCUCGUCACUGCCAAGUGGUAGACCAGCGGAGCGCAGACCUGAUGACACUGCACCCGAUCCCCAUUCUAGAUCUCUGGAGCACAUAGCUGAUGACCGCAGACCCAAUGAUCAUAGACCAGACGAUGACCACAGGUCGCAUGAUCGCAGGGCCGAAGAUCGCAGAUCGGAUGCGUAUUACGGUUCUUCCCGGCACCGGGAACGCGAGGCCGAUCACCAUCAUCAACGCCACGACUCGCGUCGGCACGACGACCAUACGGAUUCCAAAUACGGCAGUCAGUCGGCGCGAGAGCGCUCGUAUCGGAACGGCGACGACAGCGAACGUGAUCGCGACUCCAGGUACCGGCGAGACGCGAGGCCAGCUAACAGCGGCUUUGACAGAGCAAAAGAAAGGGAGCACGAUUGGAAGCGCGGGCGGGAACGCUUUGACCGGCGCAAAGGCACCGCAUCCAGCUCUUCGUCACCAUCCUCUCCUCGCUUGUCAUCCUCUGCGGCUCAAAUCUCGCCUUCUAACUCACGUUCAAAGUCUUCUCCAGAGAUGGGUAGACGUAGUCGAGAUCGAUCUCCCGUCGGAAAGAAACUGUCUCCAGUGUCAUCUAAGAAUAGUUCUCCUGUCCGACUUGAGCACUCGUCAUCCACGAAUAGUUCCGGUGCGAAAUCAAAGUCGCAGGCCACACAGAACUCUGCUCCUGACAAGUCUGGCACGUCUUCGCCCUCGGCUGGAAAGGGAGGACAGCUAUCGGAUACAAGCGGAGCAGCCGCGGACAAAACUGCUGUCAACCGCAGAGCCUCGGCAACCUCGUUGCCUGAUGCACAGCCUAAGUCGCUAGAGAAGCCGCACGGAGGAAAGCAGCAGGUGGCUGCUGCCUCGAGAGACUCAAGCGUCCGGGCUUCUCCACUCGUGGCAGUCACGGCAAAGACGAAACCGGCAGCAGUGAGUGAGAAGUCGGCGUCAGCUCCGAAAGACCGGCCAAUAUCCCCGUCACGCCACCGAUCCCUACUCUCCUCCGGCAAUGGAGGUGGAAGCACCACCCCAGCUGCCAAAGCAGCCGUCGCCAAGAGAACUCAAUCAGAUCUGCAGACCGGGAAUGCGCCGAAGAGAAGCAGACCAAGUUCGCCUUCCGGUACAGCCUCUUCUGAUGACUGUACCGGCAAGGCAGCAGAAAGUGUUCACACUUUCAAAGAACGUGCGUCUAUAUCUAAGACCCCAACGUCCAAAAGCACUGCCGUUGCCAAAGCUUCAAACCAGGCAGCAGAUGUGUCCGGUACGAGUGCAGUCGUUUCGAAACGACCGUCUCGUUUCACGGACUCACAAAGCAAAAUCGUGAAAAGCAAGACAUCGCCGCCACGGACAUCAAGUCUUCUGCAUGUAAGCCGGCCGAGCUCACCAGCGACUGGCACCGCCAGUGAUCAGAAUCCAACUCCGGUGGUGAUGGCUACAACUAAUGGUGACAAUGCAACAGUGCUCGGGUCUUCAGGCGAGGAACCUGCCAGCCAAGGGCCCACUGCCCUUGCGUCUGAUGGUCGCACUGCCAACGAAUCUGUAACCGGGGCGACGAGUGGCCCGACCGCCGUAACUGCUGUGCGUGCGAAGAGGCCUUCUCGCUUUGGCGACGCGCAGCCUUCCAUCAAGAAACCCGCCGCAGCGGCGCCAGUAACAGUGCAACAGUUGUCAGCACCUGCUCGUGUGAGAGCUGUACCCCGUAUUGCUAGCAGCACUUCGGAGUCAGAAGACGACGCUCUCAAGAUCGACGAGCACUUUGUAUCCAGCGAUGAGUCCCGGGUGAUUGAUGACUCAGUGACCAUGGAAACCGUCUCCCCGUCCGGGACGAUUGAUGACUCCGUAUCCAUGGAGAUCAGCUCCCAGUCGGGGACGAUUGAUGACUCCGUUUCCAUGGAAACCGUCCCGCAGUCAGCUGAGUCGCGCAUGCCGCCGGAAGCAGUGGAGCGUCCUUCCUCAGUUGCCAUGCUGUCCGAAGAACCCAUGUCAAUGGACGACUCGGUUUCCAUGGAAAUAAUGGAGGAGUCUCCGUCACCUAGCGGGGAUAUAGUUCCGCUGCAGACAAGCUCACCGGCCCCAGUGGAUCAGCCACCAUUGGACUCUUCUGAUUCCGACCUUUCUCUUUCGAGCAGCAGUGGUGGCUUGGUUAUCGUGCAAGAGCAAGAUGGUAUACAUGAUUCUAGUGACGAGCUCAGCAAUGCCAUUUGUCCUGUACAUGACGACCAGUCCCCCUCGGCUUCGCAGUCAGGUGCUGUCGGUGUCAACCUGACCGGAUCCGCUGCUGGGCGAGUGCGAGAGACUGACUCCUAUGUCAAGAGUGCUGCAGGAGCUGAUACUCGUGCCGCGUCGUCCCCAGUAAACAAUUCCUGUGCUGCUGCUGACGCAAGCCCAUCGGGCGCCGAGGAUUCUUCUCCACCGUCGCCGCAACCGAGCAGCCAGGUCGACGCCACUGUUCACGCGUCACCUGCUCCGGUUGAAGACCCUGCUCCGGUCGAAGACCCUGCUCCGGUUGAAGAUGCUGCUCCAGUUGAAGACCCUGCUCUGGUUGAAGACCCUGCUCCAGUUGAAGAUGCUGCUCCGGUUGAGGACCCUGAUCCUGUUGAAGAUGCUGCUCCGGUUGAGGACCCUGAUCCGGUUGAGGACCCUGACCCUGUUGAAGAUGCUGCUCCGGUUGAGGACCCUGCUUCGGUUGAGGACCCUGCUCCGGUUGAGGACCCUGCGCCGGUUGAAGAUGCUGCUAUCACUCUACGAUCACCAGAUUGCACGGACGAGUCGGUCGCAGAGGACAUGGAAGCCGGCGAAGACGCUGCUUCGGCAUCGACAGCCACCACCCCGCCACCAUUGCAUGCGCUGGUGUUGGUAGGUCGCGGUGAUUCUGCAAAGGACACCGCCACAGUGUCUAGCGCCGACUCCGCGCUAGAACCAGCGCAGUGUAGCACACCGUCGCAAGCACCCAGGAGCGCCCUAUUGCUGGCGAGCCAAGCGCUCACCAAGGCGAUAUCAAGCCCGCCUGACUGGUCACUCGCCUCCACUGCUAUGUCCGACCGCACGCUACCAUCGGUAAGAGGCGACGAUCCACGGCGACACACUGAUGCUAACUCGCUGGAACGAAACAAUGACAACGGCUCUAUUUCGUCACUGAGCUCGAGCAGCGAAUCGGAUCAAAUGGCGGAGGAUCUCGUCAAUUGUCUGAGCGUGCCGCCAUCUCAUCUCGACUGUCCGUUAGUGGCUGCAAGUGAUUUGGAGCAAGUGGAUAAUGCUGAUCUACGUGUAGCACCCAGUCCCGGUGUCCAGGUGACAAUAGCAUCAGUUGGCACACAGACGCAUUCGCUUUUGAGCGACCUUCAGGAAGGGGAGUUGACACGACUUGUCAAAGCUGCAACGAAUAAGAUUUUGGAGGCGCCAAUGGGCAACGAUACACCGCUGGGCCGUGUCAAUGCGAGCCUAACAGAGCUAUCUGCAGUUACAGCGCAACAUCAAGCACGAUACGACCACCUCACUAGGUAUGAUAGACGAUGUACUCAACUGGAGGCACAGCUCUCAGAUGCAAUGAGUACUAAUGCCCAGUUGGAGCAGGAUAUAACGCAGCUGAGGGAAUGCACAAAUCGGCAAAUCUUCAGCAUUCGUGAUCAGUACAUGCAGUUAACAAGCACGACGCUUGCCAAAUUGCACGUUGUAGCAGACGAAAAGAACGUUCUUGCUGAUGAGCUCAAGCAGGCUAAAGAAAGCUUAGCUGCAGCACAGUCUGAAAUACAAGAUAUCACCCGACAAUUCCAAGAGUCGCAGAAGGAGCUGGCGGUCACCGAAGAACGUCUGAUCGCCGACCUGGGCGAGAGCCAUAACCGAGAGCGAGCUCUCAUGUCUCUCAUGGCCGGCUUCAAGGCUCAGACGACAGCCGCCGCUGCUGCCGCCGCCGCCAAUGUUUGCACUCCCACCAAGGUGAAGCCCUCUCCCCCUGCGUCAGCGCCCGGAUCUCCCUUACUGCGCAGUGCUAAUGCCACGCCAGUGCCACAGCAGCUGCAACACGUGCCGCAGUAUCAUCAGCUCCAGCAACAACAGCAGCAGCAGCAACUGCGGCAACAGCACCUGCAGCAGCAGCAGCAACAGCAAGCUCACCAGCACCCGUUCCAUCAGCAACCUCAGCUACCUGGGCUGCUGACUGCCCUUCCGUCGUCUCACAAUGCGGCCGUGGCAGUGGCGGGAACCCCGCCGAACGGCACAAACCACGGCUUGCUAACCGCCAGCGCAGCUAGUAGUGUGCAGGCAGCACCGAGCAGUGCGCCCAGUCCCGACUCGGCCGCCUCUCAGGUGCACAUGAACUUGUCACAGCACCAGGCACAUUUGCAAGCCCACGGCUCGCUUAAUCAGCCACAGCUGCGGCACCAGCAGCAGCUGCUCAUGCUACAGCAGCAGCAGCAGCAGCAACAGCUGCACAACAUGCACCGGCUACGUGCAUCGUUGCCUGAACACCUGCUUGCAAACGUUCAGCCGUCAAAGCCGCACUUUUGGCAACAGCAACAUCACUUACAACAACAACAGCAGCAUCAGGAGGCGCUACAGCAGCAGCAGCAGCAUAAACAACAACAACAACAACAACAACAACAACAACAACAACAACAACAACAACAGCAGCAGCAGCAGCAACAGCAACAACAACAGCAACAGCAGCAGCCACAACAGCAUCAGGAGGCGCUACAGCAGCAGCAGAAACAACAACAGCAACAACAACAACGUCAACAACAACAGCAGCUGCAGCCCCAACAGCAUCAGGAGGCGCUACAGCAGCAGCAGAAACAACAACAACAACAACUUCUCUUCUUGCCCACUGGCUAUCGUGAGGAUAGAGAUAGAGAUUUGAAACAACAACAGCAGGAGGCGCUAAAGCAGCAGCAGGAGAAACAACAACAACAGCAGCAGCAACAACAACAACAACAACAGCAACAACAACAACAACAACAACAACAGCGACUACAACAGCAACAGCAGCUGCUGCAGCAGGAGCAGCCAAAGCAGCAAGAACAGUACAUUGCCGAUAUUGGAGAACAACAACAGCAGCAGCAGCAGCAGGCAUCAGCCGUGUCGCUCACGGCAAGUGUAGUACCAUUGUCAGUGGCGACAUCGUCAUCCAACGCCCUCAUGGUUACGACAGCAGCAGCAGCAGCAGCGGAGCGCAGGCCUGAGCAACCGGUGCCAGAAGAAAGCAAGCACCAGCAACAACGAGUUGAGGAGUACCAGCAACAGGAACAACAUCAGAGGCUUCAACAACGGCAAGAGCAGCCGCAUCAGCAGCAGCAGCCGCAGGAGUCACACCAGCGGCAGCAGGAGUCACACCAACGGCAGCAGGAGUCACACCAGCGGCAGCAGGAGCCACAGGAGCCACAGCAGCACCAGCAACCGGCAGCGUUGGUCCAGUCUCCCCCGCCACCAAUUACAUCAGCAGCACCUGUCGCCGUUACUGCCACCAAACGCAAGAUGCCGCCGGCACUGCGUCCGUUACCAGCCAGCAAGCGUACCUACACCCCUCCACCGCACGCCAUGCAGCAUCAGCCGUUGAAAGUGCAGCAGCGAUCGUCUUUGGGCUCCGCCUCGCAGGAACCUCAGAUGCAAUCUCAGUUCGCCUCGGUCGGUGCUGGUGCGGUGGUGAAUGCUACGCCAAUGGAUACGUGUGGUAUGUCAAGUGGAGCUGUGGGUAGUGCUGAUGAGCCACUAGUUACAAACACCACGUACACUAACUCGACGAGUCUCUCCGGGACGGCGACUGGUUCUACGGCAUUAGCAUCUUCUGUGCCCCCGCCACUAGUGAGUGGCACAUCAGUAUCUUCUAUCCCCCCGCCACUCGUUACUGGAACAUCAGCGUCUUCCGUUCUCCUGGCACUUGCGACUGGAGCAUCAGUAUCUUCCGUUUCUCCGCCACCGACCGCUGAAGCAUCAGUAUCUUCUGUUCCCCCGUCACCGGUGAAUGAGGCCAAUGCACUGUCUGAGAUGCUACCGGCUGCGGUGACAAAAUUCAAGGCGACAGCUACCACAGCAGCUCCAUCUGGCUCUUUAGAAGGCGGGACGCCGAGCACACGUGAUCGUGGGGAACGGACUGCCGUGUCGCUUGAUCCUUGCACUGAGUAUACACGAUCAUCCGGAGUGUCGGGCGUCUCUGGCGGCUCUGCAUUGCCAGAGUCGCACGUUGCUCAUGUGUCGGACAGCGGUCUCGAGCAGUCUUCUUCUUGUGAUGAUUCUGCUGCUGCUGAUGCGUCUAUGUCCGUGCUGAGUGUUGGUGCUGUCCAGCAGCGCCCUAGCUCACUCUUGCAGGCAUCUAGUCCGACAGGAAAUCACGAUCGCACCGCUGCGCGCUCCCAAGGCAGCACACCGGUCGAUGGAGCAGUGUCUUCAAAGCUGACGCGACUCGACUUGCCAGCUGAUACCGGUGUGAGUCCGGUGGCUAGCGGAGACGGCGGCAGCGGUGGUGGCGUGAGUAGUGCUGAUAGUCCGAUGGCACUGCGACUGCCGCCACGACUUCACCAGCUACGGCCGUCAGUCACCUGCGCCUCCGUCGUCAGCGCAGCCUCGUGUGCAUCUACCGGUACUGUUGCUGCUGCUGCUGGUGAUGCUGCUGCUGGUGAUGCUGACCUAGAAUCUACGGCAAGCCAGUGUUUGUCAGCUGUGACUGGUCGUCAGUCUGUUUUGCCAACCAUGUCCCCGGUAUCUACCUCUGAGCCGUCGCUGUCCCUCUCCGACCAAGCUUGCUCGGCUGUCAGUGUUGCCGCACACGCUACCGGUAGUAAUGUCCAGUCUGUCUGUCAUAGUCACUCGGCCGGUGGUGUCACACAGGCAGAACGCUCGUUGCGCGGUACGACCGAUGUCGCUCUCACACCUUUGCAGGCGUCUUCGGGCUUGCUGCCGCCCAGCACUAAGCGAGUAGACUGUAAUACGCAGGCAUCUCACAACACUUCGACUCCAACGGGUACGACAGGCUGUGCGUCUCCAGCUGUCAGCACAGCUGAAGUUCAAUCUGGGCAGAGUGUCGUCAGCAGAGAGGGUGCUUCAGCGGACGAGCCGCUUUCUGUUCGAGUUGACACUGCUGGUGGCGCAGCGGCUGCAGGCAAGGAUCUUUCACUUGGCUGUGUAUCGGCGCCGUCACCAGCACCAACAUCAUCACCAGUGCUUUCCUCGGCUGCAGCAACAGCAGCGGUAGUCACAGCAAUGCCAACACGGCCGUCACCAGCAACUGAUGUACAGCAGUCGUCACCAUCUGUGGCAUCUGCAGCAGCAGCAGCAGUCACAUCAAUGCAAGCACGGCCGUCAGCAGCAACUGAUGUACAGCAGUCGUCACCAUCUGUGACAUCUGCAGCAGCAGCAGCAGUCACAUCAAUGCAAACGCGGCCGUCAGCAGCAACGGAUGUACAGCAGUCCUCACCAUCUGUGGCAUCUGCAGCAGCAGCAGCAGAUACAGCUUUGAACACGGGACCAGUGGCCGGUGACUUCACGUCGCUCAGCGCCCUUUCUGAGUCGCACCAUCUGUCCAUUGUGAAGAGACAGGACGAGAAUAAAUUCCGCAUCGUCCAUCUGCGCUGGCUGCCUAGCUCUGGCGGCGAGCAACAGCACGAGGCUAGAGGUGACGGUCCCAGCGCUCGUGCCAAACAGUUUGAGCUCGUCUUUCAGAUCUACUCCCCCGACUCCGUUGGCAAAUUGACAGACAGUGGCUGGAAACUGGCCCAGGACCUGCCUGCACACAAGCUGCGGUGUAAGUGCCGGCUGCCCAAGUCUCACAAGUACAUACUGGCCAUGCGAGUGCCAUCGCAGGCCGACACCAGCGCCGGCCCUCGCUGCUCCAACAUUGUUAUCGUGUGAUUCGGCCGCCGCCCCCGCCCCUGCACGCGUGCGUGUGUGUGCGUGCGUGCACGUGUGUGCCACUUUUCAUUUGUUGUUUUCCAAACUAUUUAUUGUGAAGCUCCUCUGCACAUCUUACUCAACUUGUUUCCUGCAACUUCGUGCAGCUCGAUGUGCUCUCGAUGCUUCUGGUAUUCCCGUAUUAAGCUGAGUUGUAAUUAUAAUAUAUGUGUGGUCAGGGGCGGUAUAAACUCUAAACAUGUUCCAUCCUUCCGUUGAGACCGGCCAGGAAGCUGCUAUUCUCUGCGGCGUUGAACUUGACGGCUGACUCGGACGGAGUCGUUUAUUCCACUUGACCGCCGUCACGUGCAGGGGUGCGCAUAUGUCCGUUCUCUAUAAUUAUUACGUCUAGUGGGCUGAGAUCACUGCCUCGGCAUCUACCUAGCUGCCUCCCUGAAUUGAGUUGUCGAGGUCUUGCUGCCUUUUUAUUUUAUUUUUACUAUUAAAAUCUUGUCCAGCUCCUAGGUGGAACCAUCUCGAUCGUUGCUCUGCUCUCUAAUGAGUGUUUAUCGCCUCAUCUUCGUCAAUGUCCUGUCAAGUCGUUCUUGUUUUGUUUGUUCAUUCUGCGCGCUGUUUCUUAUUCACCGCGCGCAGUUCUUUCUUGGGGGGCUCUCGGCCUCCCCCCCCCCCCCCUGCCGUCUUCGCCGCCGCUGUUUGCUUUUGAGAUCCUUGACUACAAGGUACCAAUUUACCCCGUCAAAAGUAGCAGCUAGCAAAUGUUGUGGUAGCACUACUCUACUCUACUUUCCUCUACUCUACUCUCCUCUACUCUACUCUCGCACUACUCUACUCUACUUUCCUCUACUCUACUCUCCUCUACUCUACUCUCCUCUACUCUCCUCCACUCUACUCUACUCUACUCUACUCUCCUCCACUCUACUCUCCUCUACUCUCCACUCUCCUCAACUCCACUCUACUUGAUCUUUAAUAGCAUGUUAUUUUGAGGUCCUUCUUUUGGUGCGUUGUUUUCCAAAUCCUGCGCUUGGUCAAGAAAUACGUUUUCUAUGUUCAUACAAGUAAUAUUACUGUACUUUUAAAACAGUACUAGUUACACUGUGGAUAGAAUGCGUGUAUACAGAGCCAA